CAGGCAAAUACAGUAAGCGUGAGGCAAAGAAGACACAGAUGGAAACAACAAGAAGUUGAUGAAAAAAUGAGACGCCCAGAAACCCGUUUCUUUUGCACAGACUCCUGGAGCCGGAUUUCGGCCGUACGAGAAGCUGACGUAUUGAUUGAAAAAAUGCAAGUGUGGCUAGGAAAUGAACAGAUGCUAAAUUACCAACUCUGUUGGAUUGCAGUCUUCCAAGCGUCUACUGAUGUGCUCUGCACACCGCAAACCUUGAUUACGAAUGAGACUUAUUGUGUGACCAAUAAUUACUUGAGAUGUCUUACGGCGCAAGGAAAUGGAGGAGGUCCGUCAGUCCGUUUGAUUGAAUCUCAGUCGGUGUUCCUGCCCUACUCUGAUCUUCCCAGCAGCGAAGCUGUAGCUCUUGGGGGAUUUGAGGUGCCAUAUGCCCUCCCAUCAGAGACCGAGUGUCCUCAUACGGCGUACUUUUAUGGAAUAAAAACAUGCUCCGGCCUCUCACUGUGGAAAAUGUCAGGGACGAAGUUCCCGUCUUGCAAACCUGUCAGGAUUUUCCCCUUCACUCAGGAGUCACUUCUUAUGCCGCAAAUAAAAGUGCCCGUUAGAAGGUUGACGGGCUGGUGGUUGAGCGCCAAGGAGUCACUCAUCCUAAUCGGAUUCGGGACCGAGAUGAAACACCAAUGAGUCGGGAAAGAAAAUCUUGGGAACGGCCUGGAAGAUUGGCAAGGCAAACCCAGACCAAGUGAGUUGUCUUUAAGUUACAGGGAGGAGUCUGCAGGGGAACAACUAGCCUCGGGCUGAAUAUGUCAGCAUUAAGGAACAGAAGUCUGGUUCUCUUCCACUGGCGAAUGGAAUGACAGUUGGCUGCCGAAGAGCCUCGGGCCCACGGGUUUGAGGAGCUGGGGGUGAAUGAAAAGGCUGAUGUGGAAUUCGGAGCCGGCUGAGAGAUUAUAUAAUGAGAACAUUCCGUGUCCCAGCUGAUUAUCUUUCUAGGAACAGAACCCGGCCCCCUCUGUAAUGAUCUUGUAUCUAUCCAAGCAAUUUGUACAGUGUUGGCAAGUAGGAAGUGCUUAAGAAGGCUCGAAUUAAGGUUGCAUUCUAAACAGUCAA